UGAUAAUAUUUAUUUAUAAUAUAUUGAUUCUAUUUUUCUAUAUGUAUAAAUAUAUGAAAUAAAUUCGAUUAAAUGCUCCACAAUUCUCAAAUAUUAAUUAUUGCCAGUAGAGGAUAUGUUUGCAAUUUAUUCCCACAAAUUAAAUAUCAAAAUUAUCUUAUCACAUAAAACAUUGCCCUUGACUACCAAAAAUUACAAUUUAUUUAAAUCAAUUUGCCAAAUAAAUAAUGAUUACUCAGCAAAAUUUCAGAAUUUAAAUUAUCAUUACAGAUCAAAAAAAUUUGACACUCUCAGAUCCUAUUACAAUAAUUCUAAGUAUUUGAAAAGAUUAUAUCAUUGGAAUUAUAAAUUUUUUAUCAAUGAACCUCUACAAAGAUCAUUUGUGCCAAAAUUAGAUAAAUUCUUAGAAGUUAAAAAUAACAGAAUGGCUCCAAUUCCGACUCCUGCAGAAAUAGUCAAACAUUACAUUGAUUCAAAUAAGGUCAUCAUUUUUAGCAAGACCACUUGCCCGUAUUGUUCAGGGGUUAAAGAUUUUUUUCGCAAAGAAAAAAUUCCAUUCGAGGCCGUGGAACUGGAUGUAGUAGAAAACGGCGACAAACUUCAACAAGCCCUGUUGGACAUGACUGGCCAAAGGACGGUCCCAAACAUUUUUGUUAACGCUGUUCAUGUAGGCGGUUCCGACAAACUUUUCAAACUCGCCGAGAAAGGUAAGUUGAGGGAGCUCAUGGAUAAGGGAGAAAAGGCUGUGGAAAUCAAGGAACCUCUUAGUAAAGACGAUGGAAUCACGGGAAAUGAAAUUCAAAGCCAAAACAACAAAGGUAGGGAAGUAGGAGAUGAUGGGAAAAAAUACGAUUACGAUUUGAUUGUUCUCGGGGGAGGAUCCGGUGGUCAAGCCGCCUCCAAAGAAGCUGCUAAAUUUGGUAAAAAAGUUGCAGUUUUUGAUUACAUUGUUCCAACACCGAUUGGAACCACAUGGGGCUUAGGGGGAACUUGCGUCAAUGUUGGUUGUAUCCCAAAAAAGCUCAUGCAUUACGCUGCGCUACUCAAUGAAACAGCCUCCGAUUCCAUUAAAUACGGUUGGGAAUAUCCCAAUAAUCAUUCUGAUACAAUAGAGAAACAGGAGAAUUCUACUAACGAUAAACCAGGAAAAGACAAAGAAAGUGCUAAUGAAAAUCAGGAUAAGGAUGAUAAAUAUGGUAAACAAAACGAUGAUCAAGUAAAGGAAAAGACCGACAAAAAACAGAAAAUGGAAACUGUCGAUAAAAAAGGUGUUCCCGUUACUUUUAAAAAUCCUGACAGAACUCAUAAUUGGAAUACCUUGGUUAAAGGGGUGCAAGAUUACAUACAUGGGUUAAAUUUCAAGUACAAAACUACUCUGAGGGAAAAGGGGGUUAAAUAUUACAACGCUUACGCUCGCUUUACUGACCCUCACACUAUUGAAGCUAAAGAUAAACAAGGUAAAAUCACAAAAGUAACAGGAAAACAUUUUAUUGUUGUGACUGGCGUCAGGCCUCAGUAUCCUGAUAUUCCUGGUGCCAAAGAAUAUUGUAUUACUAGCGACGAUAUAUUCAGCCUACCCUACCCUCCUGGCAAAACACUUUGUAUAGGUGCUUCCUACGUUUCACUAGAAUGCGCCGGGUUUCUCCAAGGAAUAGGUUUUCAAACGACUGUUAUGGUCCGUUCUAUCUUACUUAGGGGGUUCGAUCAACAGAUGGCCGAGUUAAUAGGAAAAUACAUGAGCAUCCACGGAAUCACUUUUAUAAGGCCAGCCGUGCCAGUCAAGAUUGAAAAAAUCCAGGAUGGCAAGCCAGGUAUAUACCGCGUAUAUUACAAAGUUAAAGACAAGGACGGAAACGAGACGGAACAAAACGAAGAUUUUAAUACGAUCAUACUAGCAAUAGGACGUAUAGCCAAAUCGAAAGACGUAGGUUUAGAUACGGCCGCUGGUAUAAAAUUACACCCAGAGUCCCACAAAGUAAUAACAGAUGAACGAGAUAGAUCAAACAUAUUCCAUAUAUAUGCUCUAGGGGAUAACGCCCAAGGCCGGCCCGAACUAACCCCGGUGGCUGUCGAAGCUGGUAUUUUAUUGGUUCGAAGACUUUAUGGAAUUACACCGGAGGAUAAAGAAACUUUGUGCGAUUAUGACAACGUUCCUACUACUGUUUUUACGCCCUUAGAAUACGGAGCCUGUGGCUUAAGUGAAGAAAAGGCUAUAGAUAAAUUCGGAGAGGAUGGAAUCGAGGUGUAUCACACAUCUUUUAAACCUUUGGAAUGGACUAUACCAGGGAGGGAAGAUAACGCUUGUUAUGGCAAACUCAUCGUUAAUAAAGCCGAAAAGGAAAGGGUGGUUGGGUUCCACUUUUUAGGGCCUAACGCAGGAGAGGUAACACAAGGCUACGCAGUUGCAAUGAAGGUGGGUGCUACUAAGGCCGAUUUUGAUCGCACCAUUGGCAUACAUCCUACCAAUUCUGAAAUAUAUACGAGCCUGACAGUCAAGAAGAGCUCAGGUCAAGCAGUGGAACAGGCAGGCUGCUGAGGUUAAAGUUGCCCCCUCACCGUCACUAACAUAAAUAAAUUAUACUAAUUUAUUGGGGUGCUAUUUCUUUUGUUGAUUAUUUUAUAUGUAUAAAUAAAUAUAUUUUGACAACUCCUUAAUUUUUUUAAUACUCAAAAACCUUUAUAAAUAUCUAAAAAUCUCAUUAUUUUUCUUUUAUUCAACCUUUUUUAAAAAGAAAUUGUUUUAUUAUUAUUUUGUUUAAAAAGCACCUCAUAUUUAAUUAAGUUAGUAUAAUUAUUUAAGGUGAGAGGGGAUUUAGAGAUCUCAAGAGUUUAUUUUUUCUUUUCUUUAAUUAUUAAGGAAAGGAAUAAUUAUAUGAAGGUAUUCGCCUUAAAAAAAAUAUAGGCUUUUACUGGAUUAACAUUAAAUCUUGAAGACUUCUCAUUUUUUUCUUCUAAUUUUUUAAUUUUCUCAACGUAAUUUAGUUAAAAAAAUCAUUAGUAUAUUCAAAUCCUAGAUAACUCUUAUAUUACAAUUUUUUUGUAGAUUUGCUCAUAUAAAUUUUUAUUAUACACCAAUACACAUUAUAUA